GAGCUCCGUCUGGCCGAGUUUUGUGUCCAUGUUUCGCCUGUUUCUGCCGAGUCUGGUUACGAUCAGUGCUUUUCUCUGUCCUUGUUCCACACGUCGACACUUGGUGUCAGUCUCUUUCGCUCUGCUAAUUGAGCUUCGUGUACCGCGCUGAUUUCACAAGUUCAUGCGUUACAUCGGCACCCCGUCCGGUGUUUUGUACUGGCCCCUGCUACUACUACCUUCGACUGGAGUUGGGGCCACAGCUACUCAUUUCGUUUUCAAUCUCUUUAUUUCGAGGUGCUACACGACACUCCUUCGUGCCUGGGUGUACCCACUGGCCCUGAGGCACUCUUCUGUAGUUCGUGGUGCACUGGUCUCAUGGAGUCGCAAACCGUCUCAACUGCAUUACUGUCGUUGUUGAUACCUGUUCCCACUCUGUCCAUCACUUUUCCACCUCGCCCUCGAGUGAGUCGUUGAUACUGAAAACAUCACACCCGGUUCUUUUGUCUGAUUGCAAACCGUCUCAACUGUGUUGCUGUUGUACCUGUUCCCACUUUCCCCCUCACUUUUCCACCUCGCCCUCUAGCUGCCCUGUAGCUGCAACUGAAUCGUUGAUACUGAAACACCACACCCGCUUUUUUCAUUCUUUCGUCUGAAAUCUUGUGCCCUCCACUCUACCACAUGUUUGCUGAUAGUUGUCACUGCAAGACAACACCCAAGACAACAACACCUGGGCUUCCAUUCAGAUAAGUUCAAUUUUGCUGCUGGGAAAAAGCCUUACCGCUCCCCAAGAAAAAAGAGGGCAUGUGCCAAGAGAUAUUAUGUGCUGAAUUCUGAGGAAAUAAAAGCUAGAGGUAGAUCCCUUUAUUUGUCAGACCCUGAUAAGAUAAAGGUGGUGGCUAGGACCUCCUAUCAUGCUGAUCCUAAAAAGAAAAAGGCAGCCUCAUAUUGGUGCUGAUCCUGAUAAAAAGAAGGCUGCCCUAUAUUGUGCUGAUUCUGAUAAGAAAAAGCAGCAUCUAGGGCCCUGUAUAAUCUGCACCCUUUGAAGAAAAAUAUACCACAUGUCUCUAGAAGAAAGAGGAAGCUCACUGGUGUAGACAUAACUGUGUCCCCAAGUGCAAAAAAGGUCAAGGUCAAU